GGAUCACUGAAAGCAAAAAAUGGAACAUACUGAGAAAUCAAAAGUGCAUGCCGAGAGAGGACUCUUGGGAAAGAUAAGGCAUUGCCUCUCAAACAGACCCCUGCCAUCUGCAACUGACCGGAAGAAGUUUGAUCGUGACUUCGCCAUCUCCACUUCCUUUCACGGCAUACACAACAUUGCCCAGAACAACAGCAAGGUUCGAAAGGUGAUCUGGCUGUCUGUGGUGAUGGGCUCGGUCUCGCUGUUGGUGUGGCAGAUCUACAGUCGCUUGCUCAAUUACUUCAUGUGGCCGACCACAACGUCUAUAGAGGUUCAGUACGUGGAAAAAAUCGAGUUCCCCGCGGUGACAUUCUGUAACUUGAACAGAAUCCAAACAGAUGCUGCAUCCAAAUUUGGCAUCAUUUUCUUCUUAUGGGACAUAGUCUCCAAAGUCCUCCGCCUCCAGGAAGUCAGUGCCAACCACACCGGCCCUCCAGAGGCUUUAGAUUUUGUUGCAAAUCAACAAAACUUCAGCAUAACAGAGUUUGUCAAGAAAAACGGUUUUUAUCUCAACCAUGACACUUUGUUGCACUGUGAAUUUUUUGGAAAACCAUGUAGUCCAAAGGAUUUCAGACACGUCUUUACUGAAUAUGGGAAUUGCUUUACUUUCAACCAUGGUGAGAACAUCCAAAGCAAGAAUAAAGUAAGCGUGUCUGGAAGAGGCUUAAAGCUGCUGUUUGAUGUCCAUCAGGAGGAAUUUAUUGACAAUCCCAUCCCUGGCUUUGCUGAUGCCGGGAUCAUCUUUGUUAUCCACUCACCAAAGAAGGAGCCGCAGUUCGACGGCUUGGGCUUGUCCUCUCCUGUGGGAAUGCAUGCACGGGCGACCAUCCGCCAACUGAAGACAGUCCACCAGGAGUACCCAUGGGGAGAAUGCAAGCCUGACAUCAGGUUGAGGAGCUUUUCCACCUAUAGCACAUACGGUUGUCUGAAGGAGUGCAAAGCCCAGCACAUACAAAGGCUGUGCGGAUGUUUGCCCUUUCUGCUUCCAGGAAAUGGUGUGGAAUGUGAUCUACUAAGAUACUACAACUGUGUGUCUCCCAUCCUUGACCACAUUGAGGUCAAGGCACUGUGCACCAUGGGCACGCACAACUCCAGCUGCCCUGUGUCCUGUGAAGAGACCGAGUACCCAGCCACCAUCUCUUACUCCACGUUUCCAAGUCAGAGAGCAGCAAGACUUCUCACCAAAAAAUUGAAUCGAAGCCAAGAAUAUAUCAGGGAGAACCUUGUGUACAUUGAAAUAAACUAUAGUGACUUAAACUAUAAGAUAACACAGCAACAAAAGGCAGUGAGCAUGCCUGAGUUACUUGCAGAUGUUGGUGGUCAGCUGGGCCUAUUUUGUGGAGCUAGUUUGAUUACCAUUAUAGAACUUAUUGAAUAUGUAUUCACCAAUUUCUACUGGAUAUUUAUUUUCUUUUUGCUGAAAAUACUUGAAAUGACUCAGAAGACUUCUCCACCUCAAGUAGUAUAG